UUUUAAGCCCAAAUUAAAACCCCAACGACUCAAAUCGAAAAUCCAAUUGUAAGCAGAGAUCGAAGCCCAAAUCCCAAAUGGAAAACCCUAAUCGAACGUUGACCUAUUUCGUGAUCUCGAGUUUGAUCUUCAUCACCUUCGACGCCGUAGCUCCGCUCGUCCACGUCGCAGUUCCGAUCGCUUCGCGUCGCAGCUCCGUCGGGUCUCUGGUUCAGCGGCGUCACUGCUCCCUUUUCUUUUCCCUCUUUCGUUGUUCCCUCAUGCUCCAUAUAGAUGCCAUAGAGUCCAACAAUACUAAUUUCCAAGGUCUACAAGAUCCAGCAAAAUUGCCAACUGAUGCAGCAACAGUAAACACCUUCAUCAUUCACAACAAGCAUGUAGGUAAAAUCAACAGCCAAGAAAGAGACACUGCAAUCAACAGCUUACUGCAAGAUCCAUAGGGUCAGCGGCCAGAGGAGUUUUCUGGAACUUGUUCCGUAGCUGACCACAAGCUGCAUUUGCAUCCAACCCUCUUGUGUGAC